UCUCGUGGUCGCCAUCUUAAAGCGGAAAAAUGUCGGCUGACUUACAGUGGAUGCUGUUGAGGAAGAACUCCUGUUUCUUGUUGAAAAAUCAAGGAACAACAUUUACAAAGGAACCUCUCAACCUCACUGGAAGGCAUGCAUUUAAAUAUAGUGGAUUAGUGAACAAAAAGGCUAUUGGAGUUACUGCUGAUCCCACUGGAAAGGGUGUGAUUCUCUCUACCAAAAAGACCAAGUAUGCUAACAAGCCUGCUAAGGUGAACUCCAAGGUGACUCUGGCUGGUGACUCACGUCGCACUGUCAAAACCAUCAAGAACCUGUGUGGCAAGAACUAUUACCGACAAGACCUUGAAGAUGCAGCAGUCAGGAGGGCUUCUGCUAUCCUCCGCAGCCAGAGGGCCACCACCACUGGUGUGCAGAAGAAGCGAACACGCAGAAAGCGCAACUAAGUGCACACAAUGAUAUCUGCAACCAGAUAAUAAAUUUGAGAACAGUCAA